UUUUCCAUCAUUCUCUUCUUCAUCUUCUUUCAACUCCUCCUUAUGUCAUCAUGAUGAGAGCUUUGCUUUGCUUCAGUUCAAGUCCUCCUUCACUAUAGAUACUCCUUGUGUUAAAUCUCCUAUGAAAACAGCAACAUGGAAAAAUGGGACUGAUUGCUGCUCAUGGCAUGGUGUCACGUGUGACACCGUAUCUGGUCACGUCAUUGGCCUUAACCUUGGUUGUGAAGGCUUUCAAGUUUGGCAGGUUUACGAGUCUUACACAUCUUGACUUGUCUAAUACUCAUGUUGGCGGUGAAAUUCCUUCUCAAAUCUCAUACCUUUCCAAAUUACAAUCACUUCAUCUUUCUGGGCAUUAUGAGUUAGUUUGGAAAGAGACCACCUUAAAGAGACUUGUGCAAAACGCAACAAGUUUAAGGGAGCUGUUUUUGGAUUAUUCAGAUAUGUCUUCUUUAAGACAUAACUCCAUGGAUGCGAUCUUCAAUCAAUCUUCUCUCAUUUCCUUGGAUCUCACAGAUUGUGAACUCCAAGGGCCUAUUCCUCCAUCUUUCUCCAACCUCACACGUCUUACUUUCCUAAGUCUUGCACAAAACAACUUGAACGGUUCAAUCCCAUCCUCAUUUUCAAACCUUCAAAAUCUCAUCCACUUGUAUCUUUCAGGCAAUUCACUUAGCGGUCAAAUCCCAGAUGUAUUUGGUAGGAUGACCAAACUGCAAGUAUUCUAUCUAGCUUCUAACAAAUUAGAAGGACAAAUUCCAUCUUCAUUAUUUAACUUGAAUCAACUUGUUGAUUUAGAUUGUGCUUAUAAUAAAUUAGAGGGUCCACUACAUAAUAAAAUUGCAGGUUUUCAAAAGCUAAUUUAUUUGAGGUUAAAUGACAACUUGCUAAAUGGAACAAUUCCUUCCUCCUUGUUAUCUUUGCCUUCUUUGGUACUUCUGUAUCUAUCAAACAAUCGACUUACAGGGCCUAUCAGUGAAAUCUCAUCAUAUUCCUUAGAGUAUCUAUCUCUAUGCAACAACAAGCUACAAGGUGAUAUUCCAAAUUCAAUUUUCAACCUUGCAAACCUAAUUACACUAUGUCUAUCAUCAAACAACUUGAGUGGUGUUGUCAAUUUUCAAGACUUUACAAAACUUCAAAAAUUGGAUUCUCUGUCCCUUUCACAUAAUAGCCAAUUAUCACUAAACUUUGAAUACAAUGUUACUUACCAUUUUUCUCAACUAACAAAAUUGGAUUUGUCUUCCUUGAGUUUGACUGAAUUUCCUAAAUUAUUAGGAAAACUAGAAUCACUUGAUUUGUCCAAUAACAAACUUAAUGGAACAGUGUCCAAUUGGUUACUUGAAACAUCAAGAUCUUUGAACCUCUCUCAAAACUUGUUCACAUCAAUAGACCAAAUCUCAAGGAACAGUGACCAGCUCGGUGACCUUGAUCUUAGUUUUAACUUACUUGUUGGUAACCUCUCUGUGUCAAUUUGCAAUUUGAGUUCCCUUGAAUUUCUCAACUUGGGACACAACAAUUUCACAGGUAACAUUCCACAAUGUCUUGCUAAUUUACCAUCCCUUCAAAUUUUGGAUCUACAAAUGAACAACUUUUAUGGCACUUUGCCUAAUAACUUUUCAAAGUCCAGUAAACUUAUUACUCUGAAUCUCAAUGACAACCAAUUAGAAGGGUACUUUCCUAAAUCUUUGUCCCACUGCGAAAACCUGCAAGUUCUAAAUCUUCGCAACAACAAAAUGGAAGACAAAUUUCCUGUCUGGCUUCAAACUCUCCAAUACUUGAAAGUGCUGGUUUUGCGAGACAAUAAGUUGCAUGGUCACAUUGCCAAUUUAAAGAUCAGGCAUCCAUUUCCUAGUUUAGUUAUUUUUGAUAUCUCAAGCAAUAACUUUACUGGUCCGCUACCAAAAGCCUAUUUAAAAUAUUUUGAAGCCAUGAAGAAAGUUACUCAAGUUAAGGAUGACGACAGUUUGUUAUAUAUGGAAAUGAUGUUGAGUUAUCGUGCAGACAAUACUAAAGGUAAUGUGAGUUACUAUGAUUCUGUGACUGUGACGACAAAAGGCAUCAAAAUGACACUGACGAAAAUUCCAACAAUGUUUGUAAGUAUUGAUUUCUCAAGAAACAAGUUUAAUGGAGGAAUUCCAAAUGAUAUAGGAGAACUUCACGCACUCAAAGGGCUUAACCUUUCACAUAACAGACUCACUGGUCCUAUUCCUCAAUCCAUACAAAACUUGACAAACUUGGAAUCGUUGGAUCUCUCGUCAAAUAUGCUCACUGGUAUGAUUCCUGCAGAAUUAACCAAUUUGAACAGUCUUGAAGUCUUGGAUCUUUCCAAUAACCAUCUUGUGGGAGAAAUACCUCAAGGAAAGCAAUUCAAUACAUUUACAAAUGAUUCUUAUAAAGGGAACUUGGGGUUAUGUGGAUUACCCUUGUCAAAGAAAUGUGGACCGGAACAACAUUCUCCACCUUCAGCCAACAACUUUUGGAGUGAAGAGAAAUUUGGCUUUGGAUGGAAACCAGUGGCAAUUGGUUAUGGAUGUGGAUUUGUGUUUGGAAUAGGCCUUGGAUAUUAUAUGUUUUUAAUUGGAAAGCCUAGAUGGUUUGUGAUGAUAUUUGGUGGUCAUCCUAAGAGAAGAGUGAAUAGGAGAACAUAAGUGAGGAGAAACAAUGGUCCAACCAUGAAUCAGAUGGUGCAAAUGUCAUAGUUUUAUUAUUCUGGUUAUUUUCUCUAUUGUGUGUUAGUUUUUACUCUGUUUAAAAUAAGUUUUGAUGUGAGUUUGACAAUCUAUCGACUCAUUCUUAUUUGAUCUAGUUUUUAUAACAUUUUUUUCUUUGCCUUUU